AUGAAGCUUCCGUCAUUAUCGUCGUCGUCACUUCCUACACGACCAAGAGCUAUUGGACAGCGUGUAGAUGAUGGAUCUGGAUCAUUAGGUACAAUUCGUUACAUCGGUCCAGUUGCAACAUCAAAGGAUGUAUCCGCACUAUAUUAUGGUAUUGAAUGGGACGAAUGGGGUCGUGGAAAGAAUGAUGGUAGCGUCAUGAUACCUAAUGGUGAUCGUAUUGUAUACUUUCAAGGUCCUUCUGGUCGUUUUCGGACUGAAAACGAGACACAAAUGUGCUACAAAUGUUCAUUUGUAAAGGCUACAGAAUUCGAUCAAUUCACAAGACCAAGUUCUUGUUUGCUCGAGCAAUUACAAGCAAAAUAUGAUCAUAUGGACCACAAUAUCAACAAUUCAAGACCUUGUGCAGUGGAUAGAACAGUGACUGGACACGUGAGAACGACCUUAGGCAAUGAUAAAACCAUUGAGCUCAUUGGUGCCAAGAAACUUCGGACGCAACAAACGCUGGAAACUAUUGAGAAAAUUUCACUCUCUGGAUGUCAAAUUGUUGAGCUUGGAUCGAUGAUGAAAGAUGGAAACCGUCUUGGGACGUUAGCUCCAAAACUAACGGAACUUGAUUUAUCAAGGAAUUUAUUUCAAACGUGGAGUGAUAUUCUCGCUAUCAUUCGUGAACUACCACUGCUCGAGACGCUCAUUCUUAGUGGAAAUAGGUUUAUUUGUGAAGACGAUAGUGAGAGUCAAGAUAGUUAUGACGAUAUUUUUGAAACAAUGAAGGUGCUCGUGUUGAAUCAGACACUAUUGCAUUGGAAUCAAGUGGGGAAACUCGUGACACGUCAUUUUCCAAAACUCGAGCAGUUGCAUUUAGUAGGCAAUGAAUACGUCGAUGACCAGUUGUGUGUGUUUCAGCCAUGUGGAAGCUGGACUGAGACGCUGACAGUCCUCGACCUGAGCCUGAAUUACCUCACAUCAUGGGAAAGAGUCCUGCGUACGGUUGGAAGAAUGUUUGUAAACUUAAGUCAGCUCAUGUUGAAUGGAAAUCGUAUCGUUACGCUUGAAGUCGAGAAAGACAACAGGCCUAUCACAGAACUUCAGAAAUUAUCGACUCUAUCGCUGAGCGAGAAUUUAGUAGACUCAUGGGCCUCCAUUGACGAACUAAACGCUUUUCCGCUGUUAGCCACGCUUCGAUUUUCAAAAAACCCGCUGACGACACAGAUGAGCUUAGGCGAGGCCCGUAUGCUGGUUGUUGCACGUACAGACCAUAUUUCUAUCUUCAACGGAAGUGCUGUCCGCGAUAAAGAGCGCAGAGAAGCUGAACAAUUAUAUCUGAAGCGCAUCCUGCAUGAAUUGGCUGCCAUCGGCGACGAUGAGAAGGAGCGCAAACGUGUGCUUGCAGCGCAUCCGCGUCAUACACGCCUGCGAGAGCUAUAUCCUGAAAUUGUGGUCGAUCAAAGCGGCAGCACCACUGGCAGCAAAGCAACUGCCGGCUCACGCAAGCUGGCAUCAAGUUUAAUCAAGGUGAGCAUUAUUCCCAUGUCAAUGCGAGCUAUGUCGCUUGAGCCUUUGGUGAAGAAGAUACCUCAACAGAUGAAGGUAUCGCAGCUAAAGCUACUCAUUGAGACCAAGUUGGGUAUUGACGUACCUAGUCAGUUGCUGUCGUUCCGUACCGAUUCCAGGAGUAUGCCGGAGCUGCUGGACGACGACAAUUCUGAGCUCAGCUACUAUGGAAUGCAGAACGGGUCGGAAGUGCUAGUUAAUGAUAACGAAUGA